AUGCAGGCUAUCGGUACCGCAUGUACAGAUACCGCGAAGGGUAGUGCUGGUAUUGGUCCCUACAUGAAUACCUGGAGCACAGCACAUGACCUGCGCCAUCUUGCCCAGUUACUGCAGCCCGAUUCGAACCAAAAUGCAAGGCUACAAUACUGGGGCUACUCGUAUGGAACUCUUCUAGGGAUUACCUACGCCAGCCUCUUCCCAGACCAAGUUCAUCGGAUGUUAUUGGACGGAGUGGUAGACGCACUAGGCUGGUAUUCAGGACAUCUCUCUACUUCCUUCCGCGAUGCAGAUCUCGUAGUAGACAGUUUCUUUCGCUAUUGCCAUCGAGCCGGAUAUCCCCGAUGUGCAUUUGCUGAUGCGUCUGCUAAUGCAAUGUCUACUGAUGAAGGCGAAACAGAAACGAUAAGCUAUCUUCAGAAGCGCCUUACUGACAUCCUAGCAGACAUAAAAGCCAGUCCGCUCUGGACUAGUCAACCCAGUCCUGAGAUUAUCACAUACUCCGAUGUCAAAACUUUGCUCAAAACUGCCUUAUAUGCCCCGAAUGAUCUAUUUCCUAUUCUUGCUAUGAUCCUAUCAGACCUUGAACAGCGAAACGCAAGCAGCAUGGCAGCAUGGAAAGCUACUCUACGGGAGGAAACACAGCCCGCUCACUGCCUCGAUUCUGCAUGCCAAUCUUCUGCUCCAUGCCGUGAAGCCUGCCGCUAUGGCUCUCGAAUUGAAGUCACAGAGGGUAUUGCGUGUCUGGAUCUGAGUCAGAAAUUAUUCAAUAUCACGCAAGAGGAAUAUUCAGAACUAUACCUCCAGCCAGUGAUGGAGAGCAGCUACUGGAUUGGAGAUACAUUUGCAGAUUUCUAUAUGCAAUGUGCUAGUUGGAAGGGUCAGGGUCCGGGGUCUUUCGAAGGGCCUAUCGGUGCUCAAAAUAUGUCUACGCCUAUUCUUUUUGUCAGCAAUACUCUGGAUCCAGUAACUCCACUUGCUGACGCCCAUGCUAUGUCCGCCUUGUUCAAACGGUCCGUGGUGCUGGAGCAGCACGCUGAAGGUGUAUGUUCAUCCCGAUUUCCCUCAUGUAUCCUCUUUGGUUUAUUGACAUUCGCUGCGGCAUUGCUCUUAUGCUUCCCGUUCGGUGUGUACGGAGCAUCAUAUCAGGACGUACUUUCGCACGGGGGAGUUGCCGCCAGAGGGGACGCGUUGUGA